AGCCAGCAUGCACAAUACCAGGACUGAAACUGGAGCAGCUAAAUGGAAUUCAGCCAUUACUAAUGUUACUACUGUGACAUGUCAAAAUGUCUUCCAUACAUAAGGCCGGCAGCAGCAAGACAUCUGAUAAGACAUCUUACUGUUUGAGUGUGGACAGGCUGUUUGAUUGACACCGCUCGGACCCGACCUCAGGUGCUCAAACCAUCCCGACCAGACGCGGCGCUGUUUGGUUCGAGCACCGCGGCUCAUCUGGGGUCUCGUCGUCUGGUUCAACUCCAGCCGAGGUGUCCAUUGAAAGUCGGAAGUUGGCUUUGAUAGUUAGUGAAACUUGACAAAAUGGCAGAAGACAACAGUUAUGAGUCAAUACUCUGCGUAAAGCCUGAGGUUCAUGUGUACCGGAUCCCGCCGCGGGCUUCUAACCGUGGAUAUCGCGCUGCAGACUGGAAGCUGGAUGAACCUGCAUGGAGUGGUAGGAUGAAAAUCACUGCUAAAGACAAGAUAGCCUACAUUAAGUUAGAGGACAGAAACACAGGAGAGUUGUUUGCCCAAGCUCCAGUCGAACAGUAUCCAGGGUGUGUAGUUGAAGCAGUCACAGACUCCAGCAGGUAUUUUGUGAUCCGGAUAGAGGAUGGAAAUGGACGUCAUGCUUUUAUCGGUCUGGGUUUUGCUGAUCGUGGAGACUCAUUUGACUUCAACGUAGCUUUACAAGACCAUUUUAAGUGGGUGAAGCAAGAAGGUGAGCUCGCCAAACAGGAAGCUUCUGAUAGCGUAGCACCUAAGCUGGACCUCAGCUUCAAAGAGGGGCAGACUAUCAAGAUCAGCAUUGGGAACAUCAAGAAGAAGGAAGCAGGUGGUGCCAAAGCACGGCCCAUGGGUGGGGGUCUGCUCCCACCUCCACCAGGUGCAAAGGCUGGAGGUGUCAUAUCGCCUCCUGUGGCCCAGCCGACAGUCUCAGCUAUGCCGACUAAUACUGCCUCUGUUUUUGACUUUGGGUCCCUCGUCCCUGCAGCCCAACCCAACUCUGACGUGUGGGGAGAUUUCACAUCUGCAGGGUCCAACUCCAGUAAAGAUGCUGUCAAAUCAGGAUGGGUGCAGUUUAGUUGAGUCAUGAGGAAAAAUGUGCACACACUCAGGUUCCAUACAUUCCAUGGACAGGAACGAUUGUGGCAAAAAGAAACUAAAAAGAGAGGAACUGUUAGCAAACUUGACUGGCUCAUUCACUGCACCUGUUCUGUAAAGAAUAUGUUCACAACACAACCGCUGACCAACACACUCUGGAGGAACAAACAGUAAAAUGUACAUAUUUUUUACAAUCUUAUUCUUUUUUUCCACACUCUGCUAUGCAGUGGGUCUUUUUCUUUUUCACUGUUAAUCUCUCCAGAAAUCAGAUUUGAUUGUGUCCCUCUGCUCCAACAUCAUGCAUAUGUUCUCAUUACACCAGCAACACUCAUCUCAUGGUUGUUUUUACUGUUUGGGAAAAUUAUAUGGCUUACCUAUUGAAGUGUACAUGUUUUGUUCAGAUCUAUACCUGUGUGUGUGUGUGUGUGUGUGUGUGUAUGUAUGGUUUUUCUGUUUCCUAGUUUCUGUUUUAGGAGAUUUUGCAAAGCAAUAUUGAUAUUUGAUUAGUUUUACAUUAAACCUCUUAAAAUACCCAGAUUGUUUUAAUCACGUCGUCGGGGGAAAAGUCCUGCUUGCUAUUUUGUCUAUCGUUCAAAGUUUGAACAUGUUUGUCUUUGUGUCAUGCGUCUUUGCGUUGUGUGUUCUUGCUUUUUAAAAUGUGCCUUUUACCAAAUAGAAAUUUCCUUAAUGUUGUUGCUAAUUUGCAUUGAGUAUUUGAUUAAGUGCCUUUCUUAAGAAGAUCUAAAAUGUAAACCUAUGUCUUGUUGUAAAUAAACAAUAUAUUUCA